CAGCGCAGCCAGGCAGGCAUCACCUGCAAGAUCCCUAAUGGCCCUGCCCUGUUCUUUCCUGGUGGCUGUGGUGGUGCUCAGCUGCCACUCCAUCUGCUCUCUGGGCUGUGACCUGCCUCAGACCCACAGCCUGGUCAACAGGAGGGCAUUGAUGCUCCUGGGACAAAUGAGGAGAAUCUCUCCUUUCUCCUGCCUCAAGGACAGAGAAGACUUUGGAUUCCCCCAGGGGGCGUUUGGUGGCAACCAGUUCCAGGAGGCUCAAGCCAUCGCUGUCGUCCAUGAGGUGACCCGGCAGACCUUCCACCUCUUCUGCACAGAGGUCUCGUCCGCAGCUUGGGAUGAGACCCUGCUUGGCAGAUUCUGCACUGGACUCUAUCAGCAGCUGAACCACCUGGAAGCCUGUCAAACGCAGGAGGUGGGGACGGAGGAGACUCCCCUGCUGGAUGAGGACUCCACACUGGCUGUGAGGAAAUACUUCCAGAGAAUCACCCUCUAUCUGCAGGAGAAGAAACACAGCCCUUGUGCCUGGGAGAUUGUCAGAGCAGAGGUCAUGAGAUCCUACUCCUUAUCAACGCACUUUCAGGAAAGAUCAAGGAGUAAGGAUUGACACCGGUUCAACAUGCAGAUUGUGCUCACUGACUAAAUGUCACACUUCCUCAUGUUUUGCCAUGUCAGAGACGCUUUUGUUUUGUUUCUGCUGUAAUCAUGACAUGAACUAAAUCAAUCUGUUAAAAGUUUUCAGGAAUAUUA